ACAUACGGGAUGUUUUGCUAGCUGUUAGCCGCCUGGCUAACCUUGUCUCAGCUGACCUAAUAUUAGACAAAUCUUGCUCUUUUUACAAACUUGUUUUCGUUUCGUUUAUUCAUUUUUUCCGGAAUUUGUAAUGAAAGUUUAAAGUUUGUGCUCGUUUGACGACCAGAAAGGGAGACGAUGAACGGAAGUACGAACCCGCUGCUGGACAAAGAAGAGCAUGUUUUGAAGCUCGGCGAAAGCUUUGAGAAAAGGCCAAAGUCCUCCUUUCACACCAUCAGAUAUGACUUCAAACCGGCGUCCAUUGACACGAGCUGCGAAGGAGAACUGCACGUUGGCAAAGGAGAUGAAGUCACCAUCACGCUGCCUCACAUUCCGGGCUCCACGCCGCCCAUGACUGUAUUCAAAGGCAACAAGCGACAAUACCAGAAGGACUGCGUGCUCAUCAUCAAUCACGACACUGGCGCCUUCGUGCUGGAGAAGCUCAGCAGCAGCAUCCAGGUCAAGAAAACCAGAGCGGAAGGCAGUAGUAAGAUUCAAGCCCGCAUCGAGCAGCAGGCGGUGCGGACCAACCAGGCGGGGCCUCAGUUUCGGGCGCCGACAAAGCCGGGCAUAUCCGCCAAGACGUCGCCCUCGCCCUCCAAGGACGACCCCUCGCCCGAACCGCAGCUGGACGACAUCAAGAGAGAGCUGCGAGCCGAAGUAGACGUAAUCGAGCAGAUGAGCAGCAGCGGUAGCAGCAGCUCGUCCGGCUCGGCCGCUGCCUCGCCCGCCGCCGGCGACAGCAGCGACGACGGCGAGCGCCCGUCGGGCCCUGUCCCGUCUCCGACCCCCGCCCGCCACACCCUUGCAAACGGUGGUGGCGAACGGCAACCGCCCGCUAACCACCAGCUCAUUAACACGCUCAGAAGCGAUCUUCAACUGAGCGAGUCGGGCAGCGACAGCGACGACGACUAAACCUUGUUUUAAAUUUUUAAUGGUACCCCAUGCAUGCACAGGAAAAUCAAGUAUUUUUUCACACAAAAAAAGUAUUUUUUUCCCCAGAUGUGAAAUAUUUAAUUUUUGUAUGUGAGAAAAGUUGAAAGAUUCUAUAUGAGAGUGAGAUUUAUUUUCUGUACGUCACGUUAAGCUACAUGCUAGUCAUGCUUUUAACUCUUUCGGUGCUAUUGACGUCUAUAGACGUCCAAUCACGUGACACUUAAAAAUUAAAACUAAAUGAGUUUGUUACAAUAGACAUUUAAUCUAGUCCGAUUGAUUUGGACGUCUAUCGCCGUCAAUGGCAGUUAAAGAGUUAACAUACACAAAAAAGGGAAAGUUUGCUUUUUUUUUUUCAUUGUUGUUUGAUGACACCUGAGAGUCAAAAAUUGUUUAAAAAAUGAAGAAAAAAUAAGUUUAAAAAAAGUCCAAUUGUUUUAAAAAUGGUUAAAUUCAAUUUAAAAAUUGAGUGUGUUAAACAAAAAUUUGAUGUUUAUGUGAUUUAAAAAUAUUUUUAAAGUUUUCCAGUCAAUAUGAUGCAAAAAAGUCAGUCAAAAACAGUCAAAUCAGCAAAAAAAAGAAGCUAAAAGCUGCUAAGACAAAAAAGAAAUUGGUUUAAUCUAAUUUAAAAAGGGAGUGUUUUAAGGAAAAUUGAUUUUUAUGUGAUUUUAAUUUUUUUCAAAUCCUGUAAAAAUGAAGCAAAAAUGAGUAAAACAGUCAAAUUGUUUAAAAAAAAAGAGAGAAGCAGCUAAAUAAAAAGAAAUUGGUUAAAUUAAUUUAAAAUUUGAGUGUUUUAAAAAUAAUUUUAAAAAUGAAGCAAAAAUGAGUCAAAAACAGCCAAAUUGGUAUAAAAAAAAGCUAGCAGCAAAACAAAAAAAAGUCAGUUAAAGUUUGAAAAUUAGUGUUUUAAAGAAAAAUCGUAUGUGAUUUAAAUUUUUUUUUUUUUUUUUUUUACAAGAUUUAACUAACAGUCAAAUUGGUCUUAAAAAAAGCUAUAAUCAGCAAAAGAAAAAGCAAAAUUACUGGAAAAAAAAUUCAUGCAUCAAUGGGUUAAUUAACUUUAUAUAUUUUCUUCAAAUUUUAAUUUUAAAUUUAUUUUUAAGUUUCAGAUUUUAAAUUAUGUUGUUUUAUUUAAUAUAUAUAUAUAUUUCAUGUACUUAUGUAUUCAAACAAUGCAUCUUGAUGUAUGUCGGUUAAAUGUAAAUUCAGGUAUUAAAUUCACUUGACUAAGAUCAAGAACAAGCUUUUUAUUAUAAGUUAAAAACCCAAGUGGUAUUUGAGCUGCAUUUGUUGUUACUUCCUCUGAAUUGUGUUUGUUGCCACCUUACUGUACAAAAUUGCAGCUGAGAAAAUGUGUUGUAUUAUUGUUCAAUUAAAAAAAAAAAAAAAAAUCAAA